AUGGCAGUAUUUUCUUAUAGUGACGACCGUGACAACGAGAAAAGCUUUAAAGGAAAGCCGCCAGUACCACCAACACCAACAUUAUCAUCAGCAUCAGCAGCAUCAACAUUGUCACGUGUACCAUCAUUAGCACUAUCAUUACCAAUUUUAGUUGGCGAUGAAAGGUAUCCGGAUAAAAUUUAA